ACUCUUCAUUCACUCUUCAUUCACUCUUCAUUCACUCUUCAUUCACUCUAUUUGCUAUUAUUUUUAGACUUUUUGAUCAAAACUUCUACAUUUUUGCCUUAGGAAUAGCUCUUUCCUCUAAUCUUCAAUCUACACAACGCCUUUUUUUUUCCUACUGAGCAAAAUAAAACAUGUCUAAUGUUGAGCUUACAACAACGAUUGCUGUCACCCACCUGCCUAGGAUUAUUGAAAAUAUUGGUACUGAGGACCAACUGAAUGUCAUCACUGAUAACAGCAGUAUAAACAGCAGCCCUAUCAGUCGAAAUAACAAUCAAUUCACGUUCUCGUGGUCUUCAGAGAGCUCCUCUUUUACAUUAUUAACGCAACAAGACGAAGAAGCCGAAGUUGCCGAAGAUGAUACGGUUGUUGAGGAUGAGGUACCUGCUCCAUAUUUCAACACUUACUCUGAAGUAGUUCAGGAAUUGGAGAGUUUAAUCAUGGAAAAAGAAAACAUCGAUAGAGAUGAUGAAAAUAGCGAAGCAAAAUAUAAUAUUACGUCAAGGUUAAAAGAGAAAGUGUCUGAAAUUGUUUGUCGAUUGGCUUCACUUGGCAAUCUUCGCAUCUUGAAGCAAGUUGUGACCAACUCCAACUACCAGCCCUAUUUGUGUUUAGACAAGUCUGAUGAUGCAAAUGGAAGCUCAAAUACGCCAUUGAUCUAUGCUAGUUGUUUUGGCAAGGCUGAUGUUGUAAGAUUUUUGCUACAAAUGGGAGCGAAAGUGGAUAUUCAGGAUAGCAAUGGUUGGACUCCUUUGAUGUGGGCGACUGUCAAUGGACAUAGUGAGAUAACAAAAAUUUUGUUGGAGUAUAGUGCAUCUUCAAAUACGAAAUCGGCCAGCGGGAGAACAAUCUUUGAUCUUGUGGACAUAAGCAACGAAGCAAUGAUCUCAGUAUUGAAUGAAAGUAUACCUCAUACCUCUGAUUUUGCUGCUGCAUUGUUGGAUAGAAAAAAGAAAACUAUGAAAAGAAAAUCCUCUGUAUUGGAGAGCAUCAAGCAUUGUAAUGACGGUUCACAAUAUAGAGAAAUUACUGAGUCCGAUGAUGAUACAGCUUCAGCUCAAUUUGUAAAUAGAAAUGAGGACGAGGAUGAUACCGACACAGAAGAUUCCGUGGAAUUAAAACACUGUGAAAUUAGUCUUACAUCAGUGCAUAAAUUUCGGUGGGACCAGUGCCUACCCUAUCAAAUGUUCGUUUUUGCAGAAGAAGAUAUAGAGCAUAUUCUGAAUAUAGCAAUAUCGGACAAAAUACCAUCGUUGAUAUCGAGAGCGGAAAUCUAUGUUCCUGUGAACAUCAUUUUUUUAUCAGCAAGAUAUGCGCAUUACUACACAGGAAGAGAACUGCUUCAUCAAUUACUAUCCAAAGCACAGCAAAGGAUAGAGGAAAUCAUACAGACUAAUGCAGACGACAUCCAUACUUUAUCGUUCUGGAUUUCCAAUCUAUUUCAAUUACUGUACUAUUUAAAAAAAGACACAGGUUUAGUCAUUGCAACAGCAGAAUACCAAUUGUCUAUAUCAGAACUUAUAUCAGAAACGUAUACGCUACUCAUCACAGAUUCUCAGAACAGACUAGGCCGAAUACUUGAGCCUACUAUGCUGGAAUAUGAACUUAUCCAGGGAUUAGAGCCUAUAGAUUUUGCUGAUGACUGGCGUCGGUUUUUCCGACGUGGACGAUUCUCUUCCUCCUCAGCUACCAGCUUGAACAAUGCUCAUAAAAUUGAAACUGGUAACUUACCAUCCGGCAACUGUAAUAACAGCGCUCAUGCUUGCUCUUCUCCCACCUCAAUAUUACAGGAACAACAGCUGCCUUACCGUACCUUAUUAACUCCGCAUACUAUCACUACACUAUUAUCUUCUACAUUGUAUGUGCUUUCAUCUUACGAAGUCCAUUCUGUUAUCACAGAUCAGGCUAUAGCCCAACUCUUCUACUCAGUAUCAUGUGAAUUGUUCAACAAAAUCUUAUACAACAAAAAGUACCUUAAUAGAUCGAAGGCGUUGCAAAUCCGAAUGAACUUGACGGUAUUAGAGGACUGGUUGAGAGUUAAAGAUUUGAGCCCAACACUAAACAGUUAUUUAGAGCCUGCGAUCCAAUUGGUCCAACUCUUACAAUGCCUUACCCAAAUGAUCGAUUUGAUGACGUAUAUCAACACUGUUAAGACGUUUCAUCAGUUGAACCCUCUUCAACUGAAGAGACUUGUCUUGAACUACCGAUAUGAAGUGAAUGAGCCCCGAUUACCAGAGGAGAUCGAAAAAUAUGCUAUGCAAAUAGCUGAAGAUACCGUUCGAAACCUACAAUUACAAAAGCAAUCACAAUCUGACUGUGCAAAGCGUUCAAUGGAAAGUCUGAAAAGUAUAAAAAGUAUCUCUAGUGGCGUCAAUAAAAACAGCCAUGCUCUUAAUGACAGUAAUCAAGAUAGGAAGAUAAAUGACUAUAAUAGCAGCAGACCAAGUAGUAUAGCAAGCCUGAGCAGUUUGCUAUACUACAAACCACCGCAGAGAAAAAAAUCAGCUUCGCGUGCAACCCAUUAUGAUGCUUACUCUUCAAGGCCUCAAACUCAUCGGGCUUCGAUUCAAAGUUUGGAUUCUUCUCAUCGUUGCUACGAUAGAACUGUCGACAAUGAUGCAACUGAUUAUGAUACUGUAUCAAUACAAAGUUGCACCAGUGCAAUGGAUGAUGUAGUAUUAGAAGAGCCUUCUAAUAAGGAGAUGCUAGCUGAAAGAAGAGAUUCAAACUUCUUGCUACCAUUCUCGCUUCCAAAGACAACAGAUAUGGUUCGGACAACAAAAGUAAACCAAAGAGCGUCUUCUUUGUCGCUGCAACCAGCGAUAGACAAAGAAGAACAAGACAAACGCGGUAAAGAAAAAGAUAUGACCUGUUUAUCAGAUACAAUAUAUUCUGGUUUGAAGCAAAAACUAAUGGCAGAAAGGGAGAGGGUUUGCAAAGAAGAGAGUAUCGUACCUUUUAUACCCGAAAAUUGGUUAACUCUCUUGGAUCAAAAGAGGCAGUAAUAUAACGUAACUGUCUCUUUGGACUCAAUGCAUGAAUAAAUAAGACUGUUCUCUUCCUAAAAGCCGGAUAAAUCUGCGUUAUGCAGUUUUUCGAAUCAUAUUUUUACCAUUACAAGUAUGCAGCGCAGACUCUUUGUCGGUUAUCAUCACUGAUUAGUGGAUAGUGUAUUUCCAUCAUUGAGAGAAAGCAUAAGCUAAUUUUAUUAAACAUCUAUAUCUCAAGUUAUUCAGAAG